GGGAGGCGGCAACCGCUCCUCCUCGGCCGUUCUAGGUUGGUGGAGCCCGCUGCGCCUCGGCUCUUUGGCGACCAUGGGGGACCCCAGCAAGCAGGACAUCCUGAGCAUCUUCAAGCGCCUCCGCUCGGUGCCCACCAACAAGAUAUGUUUUGACUGUGGUGCUAAGAACCCCAGCUGGGCCAGCAUAACGUACGGGGUGUUCCUCUGCAUUGAUUGCUCGGGGUCCCAUCGAUCCCUGGGUGUGCACUUGAGUUUCAUCCGAUCGACAGAGCUGGAUUCGAACUGGUCUUGGUUUCAGCUGAGGUGCAUGCAAGUUGGAGGAAAUGCGAACGCGUCUUCCUUCUUCCACCAACACGGCUGCUCCACCAGUGACACCAAUGCCAAGUACAACAGCCGGGCCGCCCAGCUCUACAGGGAGAAAGUCAAGUCUCUGGCCUCCCAGGCCACACGGAAGCAUGGCACGGACCUGUGGCUGGACAGUUGUGUGGCUCCAUCCUUGUCCCCGCCACCAAAAGAGGAGGAUUUUUUUGCGUCACAUGCUCUUCCCGAGGGGAGCGACGUGACGAGGCUCCCCACCCAGCCAGCACAGCUGCCUCUGACACCCAGGCCUGCGGAAGCCCCUCCAGAGACCCACGAAGGUGGACCUGAAGGACCAAGCGUGGAAGGCCUGAACGCACCGCCAAAGGCCGCUUUAGCAGAGGUUUGCUCCAUCAUGAAGAAGAAGCCGGCUCAAGCGAGGAAAGGCCUUGGGGCCAAAAAGGGCAGUUUGGGAGCCCAGAAACUGGCGAAUAAAAGCUUUAAUGAAAUUGAAAAGCAAGCCCAAGCCGUGGAUAAGCUGAAGAAGGAGCAGGAGGACCUUCUGGCCCGGGCAGCGCCUAAGGAGGAGCUGAUUGUGUCCUCAUUACGACUGGCCUAUAAGGACCUGGACAUUGAGAUGAAGAAGGACGCAAAGGUGGACGCCAGUGGCAAAAGGAAAGUGGAGUCUGAGAGACUGGGCAUGGGGUUCGGGAGCUGCAGGAGCGGCAUUUCACAUUCUGUGACCUCGGACCUGCAGACCAUCGUGCAGGAAACACCUGUCCUGGCAAAGCCGAGGAAGAAGUACUCGGAGGACCCAGAGGACCACUACUUCACCGCCAGCCCCAGGUACUUUGACGAGCCGGCGGAGUUACGGAGCAGCUCCUUUUCCAGCUGGGAGGACAGUGCCGACUCCUUUUGGAAACAAGAGACCACCAAGGACACGGAUUCCGUUCUGAAAACCACAGGCUGUUCAGACAGACCCACAGCCCGCCGCAAGCCGGACCACGAGCCCGCCGAGAGCACAGAGGAGGCGCAGAGGAAGUUUGGCAACGCCAAGGCCAUCUCUUCGGAUAUGUACUUUGGAAGACAAGCGCAGGCUGAUUACGAAACCCGAGCGCGGCUGGAACGGCUGUCGGCCAGCUCCUCCAUCAGCUCCGCCGACCUGUUUGAGGAGCAGAGGAAGCAGACGGCAGGGAACUACAACCUGAGCAGCGUGCUGCCCGCUGCACCCGACAUGGCGCAGUUCAAGCAGGGCGUGAGGUCCGUGGCCGGGAAGCUCUCCGUCUUUGCCAAUGGCGUCAUGACGUCCAUCCAGGAUCGCUAUGGCUCUUAAUGCUGGCAGCGUGUUCCGGAGAAGCCGGCUGCCGGGAACCAGGGACCACCGCUCAGCCCGCAGGGAAGACCGGACGGCUCUGCACAGGGUCUCGUGCCCUUUGCACACAGUCUAUAGGGUUUUGGUUUUUCAUAUUGCCUGGAGAAGCCUCCCGUCUGAUGUAGUAGCUCUCUGUUCACCCGCCUCCCCACCCGUGUCCAAGUGUCCCCCCACUUCUCUGGACUCCCUAGUCCAGCCACCACUGGUGGUCUGCAGACGCUGGCCUUCCAAGGGCCACCUGGGAGCCUUCAGUCCCCGGGCCUUGGUGACAUGCACCUCCUUCAAAAGGGAACAGAGAGUGGAAACCAACCCCCGCUGUGGCCAGCGGCGGCGUCUUGAUUUGACAUGCCGCUUCAUAUCUGCCCACAGUGCGGUCGCCCCGUGAUAGGAGGCUUCUUGUGUAUGACGGCCACGUUUAGAAAUGGCUUCCCGUACGGCUCUCUACAAGCCGACGCGCUCGCACUGCCAGAGAACCGGGUUUGGCCUUCCGGCGAGGCCUGCCCGGGCGCUACUGUGUCAUCCCCGACAGCUCACGCAGAGCCGGCGCCCACCGCCGGGGACCUGCCAUCGGCAGCCCAGAGUCCGUGCUGGGGAACGAGCCAUUGCAAUUGGGUAAAUCUGCUCAUAUUUUUUAUCUUGAUCUUGGCUUUCCUAAAACGCCAGAGUGCGUAUAAUGACUAGAGAAACCUAAUGUGGCUGUGUUUUAGACAGCGUAGACGAAAUAGAUCAUUCUACACCGUAAACUGCAUCGGAAAUGGACUGAAUCGAGAGAGUGAUUUCACAGACUGUUUUAUGAAUCUUUUUUCAGAGCUCAAAUUUGUAGACCUGGAAGCAUAAUAAAGAGCUGCAGCAGA